UGUAGCAAUGGAUAAAUUAAAUAGAAAAAAUGAACAAAGAGGCGCCUGUAUGGGUGCUAUGCUAUUAAAAAUUGUUAUAAAAUUAUCAUAAGUUAUAAUUGAGUAUAUUUAAAUAAAAAUAAAUAAAAGUAAUAAAAAGAAAAACGAUUGAUAGUGUCAUUGUGUGCUUGAAUGACAAUUGAAUUCUCUACAACUUUUACAUCGAUAUAUUUUUACUAAAUAAUCAUCGAGACACAUAUUAGAGGUGUUUGUUUAUGUAUACGAAAUAGUAAUAAAAUGAUUAAAAAAAUAAUAAUAAUAUUUUUAACAAUAUUGGGAGGAUUGAAUUUACGACCACCACAAUCAAGAACAGCAUGGAUUGCUUUAGCAACAACAACUACGAGUCAUAAUAGUAACGGCGGCGUCGGAAGUAGUUGCAAUGCAUGUAAAAUGCAUGAAGAAAUUCGUGCUCUCAAUUUGGAAGCAAUUAAAGAGCAAAUUCUCAAUAAACUUGGUCUUAAACAGGCGCCAAAUAUGACAGGACGAGCUUUGCCUAAAAUUCCACCGAUUUCUAAGCUGAUGGACAUGUAUGGAAUGCAGGCAGAUCAACCCCAAAUGCAACAGCAGUCGAUUGAGCCUGGUCUCACUCAUCACGAAGAAGUUGAUGAAUAUUCAGCUAAAACUGAAAGUGUUUUUGCUCUAGCUCAUCCACAUUCUGGUCAAAGACUGAGACAUACCCAUAAUUUAGAUAUUUUGUAUUUUAAAUUUUCUGAUAAAAUAAUGCAACAUCGAGUGACAACAGCCAAGUUGUCUUUGUGGAUUUGGGAAAUUACUGACAAUAAUUCAACAAAUACCAACAGUAAUAAUGAUAAUAGUAAUAUUAAUAGGAGUAAUAAUCAUAAUAAUAGCAAUACAAAGAUACAAAAGAAAUCAAAUGAUACAAAAAGCAUAGAAACUUCAACGACAAGAGAACAUCAUCAUCUUCAUCAUCACCACCAUCACCAUCAUCAUCAUCAUCAUCAUCAUCAUUACCAUAACUAUCACUCCAAUUAUCAUUAUCGUAAAGAAGCUGAGAAGGACAAAGGUUUAAUAACAAUAAUAUUACAUCGAGUUUUACGUGAAACAGAAGAGAAUGGAACACCUUUAUUGGGUCCACCAUUAAUAACAAAACAUCUCAAACCACCUAUACCAUCUUCAUCUACUGGAGAGCGUAAUGGUAUUUGGAUUACUAUAGAACUUGGUAGAAUGGUAUCAGAAUGGUUUAAACAUCCACGUGAUAAUCUUGGAGUAGCAUUAAAAAUCAGUAAUGAUGAAGCGGAAGAAAAUGAUGAUGUUAGUAAAAGUAUGGUGGAUAAUCAUUUAUGGAAAAUUGAAAUAGAUUCAAUGGCUGAACAUGCACCGUAUCUUGAAAUUCAAACACAGGAGCCAGAAUCAAAAAGAAGUGGAAGAGUUAAGAGAAAUGUUGGCCUUAAUUGUGAUGAAGCAAGCCAGGAAACUAGAUGUUGUCGAUAUAAGUUAACUGUUGAUUUUGAAAAAUUUGGAUGGGAUUGGAUAAUAGCUCCUAAAAAAUACGAUGCAAAUUAUUGUUCUGGUGAUUGUCCAAUGGCAUUUCUUCCGGCGUAUCCCAACACCCACAUAGUGAGUUUAGCAGAACCACCAAAUAACACUGGUCCAUGUUGUGCUCCUAGAAAACUUUCGGAAAUUACGAUGCUUUAUUUUGAUAAUGAGUAUCAAAUUGUAUUUUCUCGUUUACCAGGAAUGGUUGUAGAACGUUGUGGUUGUUCAUAAUUUAUUUGGAGCGUAAAAAAAUUUUAAAUGUGAAGUAAAAGCAUAAAAACAAUAAUGGAAUUAGCAUUUAAAAAAUGUGUCAUAAGAAUAUCGAAUUUUGAAGUUUGAGAUUUA